CGUGCAACAUAUCUCUUUCUGAUUAAAAACAAAAAAUAAUAAUAUAAGCGACACGUGCCAUGAAACAACAACGUAAUAUACGCUGUAAAAGCCAGUCACACGAUAGUACACACGAGUAAAAAAAAAAAAAAUACUCACCACAGGAUAGAAUGAAGAGAAAUAAAACAAGUCAACACGGUUUGAAGCCAGAGCCGAGUCCACGCACCCGGACGCAUUUCCUUCCCCGCCUCCCUAUCUGUGGCACAGCGACCCACCCGCAUCAGUGCCUUACUCUACCCGGGCACUCACCAGCCGCGGCGCACCGAUCAAUGCGUUAUUAUUAACAGAACAUGUAUGGAUAUAUUUAUUUUCUUCUUCGAGAAUAAUCGGUGUUAGCCAGUGAUGGAAAGACGAAACUUUCAAUGAUUUUAAUAACUCGGCGUUUAGUGUGAAUUUUGCCUUUAUUCCUCCUGUAAAGACUUAAUAGCCAGUGCCGAAAAGAUGAAUCCCUCAGUGCUUAAAAUAACGGAACAUUUAAUGUGAAUUUGCUCUUUUCGCCAUAUGACCGAUGCAGUUGCGGCGCCUCGAUUUUAGUAAAAAAAAAUCACUAUAGAGAAUAACCAGUGUUGGUCAGUAAUGAAAAGACGAGACCCAAGAUGAAGAGAAUCAAGGACAAGUUAUGGUCGCGGAAGACGCUGAGCAAAGACAACUCCGUCUGCCUCGCGGGCGUGGCGAAGGCUUCCCUGCUCCUGACCCGCACGGUGUCCCAGGAGGCCGCGGAGAGCCUUGGCCAUCGCAGAGUCUCAGUGGAGGAGCCGUUGGCGUCCUCCAAACUCGCAGCAUCUUCGUGUAGCCUGAACCUGGAGCGUCACAAAUCGGCCUACGAGAUGGGGGUGGCCGAGGAGGUGUGUCCGGCGGGCGUGGGGAGCUACCGACGCAUGGAGAGCCGGGAGUGCAUGGAGCUGGCGGCCUCCACGGGGAGCUUGAGGGCUGGAGGGUCUGGCGGAGGCAAGAACGAGACUCCCGCCUCCAGCACGCCCCGCACCGCCUCACUCGACCCGGAGACCUUUGUCAUGCACUUCCAUAGAACACAAAGUAGCCACUCGUAUAAGAUGAAGCGUCGGAAGUCCGCGGCGAGCAAGAAGGAUCAGCCCGCCGCCAGACCCCCGCGUAGCAACUCCUUGGACACAGGGCACUUUGCCAUUUACGUGGACAGCCUUCUGAGGGACGCGUCGGAGCCUCAGGAGAAUGGACGCGCUCAGGGCCUUGGCCACACCAGCGACGACGACUCCGACAGAACGCCCACGGAUGUAACGCCCACCGGCAGCUUCACGUCUCUCACGCCCACGGGCUCCAGGGAGGAUAUUCUGCUGGGGAAGAGAGUCUGGAAGCGGUUCAGCAGGCGGUGGUUGCGUCGCAGCACAUACAGCCUCGCUGAAGGUUUGGCUUCCCAGUCCGCCGCCUCCGCCGCCAUCUCGCUGCCGCAUAUCAACCAGCUGUCAGACUAUGAGGAGGACCAAGGCACGGACGACCCCCACACCGAGACUAGCCAGGGACACGACCCACCCAAGCAGAGCAGGAACAACAAGCGGGCAGACAAAGGCAAGAAAACUAAGCUAAAGCGUCGCCGAGCUUACUACAGGACCCCCAAAGAUGUGAGUACCCGUGUGUGUGUGUGUGUGUGUGUGUGUGUGUGUGUGUGUGUGUGUGUGUGUGUGUGUGUUACCUAUGUACGUAUAUUUGUGUGUGUUCUUACCUGUCUCAAAUCCUAAUUCUUUACCUUAUACCGUUCUCUCUAUCUGUCUAUCUAUCUAUCUAUUAACCUCUCUCAUCGCUCAGAAAUUGCCUCCUUUGUCACAAUUGAUCCGCUAUUAUGUCGUUCCUCCUUUCCUCCCUUUCUCUUUCUCUCCUCCCUCUUCCUCCCUUCCAUGUUAUCCUCUUGCAAGCUCUCUUCCUCUUCUUCCUCUCCACUUUCGCGUCCUUCUCUCCAUACUCUCCUCCCUCCUGCAUUCCUCUCUCUUCCCUUCUCUCUCCUCCUACCUACCUUUUCUCUAUUUUUUUUUCCUCCAUACCUCUCUCGCCUUUCUGCUCUUCGCCUCCUCAAUAUCCUCCUCCUUCCCCUCCUCUCUUCACCCCUUCCUUUCCUUCACCUAACCUUCCUUCCAUACGUUUGAUCUUCCUCCCUUUCCUCUUUCCCUCCCUCCCUCCCUAUCCCCAUAUGUACCUUGACAUAUCCUCACAAGUUUACAUGAAGGGUCUAUCGAUCCAUCCAUCCCUAUCUGUCUAUCUAUAUAUGUCUACCUUCCUCUCCAUCAGUAUCUAUCUACCUAUCUAUCUACCUGUAUGUGUCCUUACCUGAUCUUCGCCGGCUUGACGCAUCGAAGCCUCCCUGACAUGUGCCCUUCCAGCUGUCAGAGGCUCAAAUCCGGGGGCCGCGUCUCCCUUUGAUCCCGCCUGUCGGAAGGUUUAGUCAGG